UCUAUUGCUGUGUCAAGUUCCAGAGAAGAGUUUCUUCUCUUCCAAGUUGCUAACCAGCCUCAGACACAGAGUUGAAGGAAAAGGCUAGAAGAAAAGGAGUGUCCUGCUCCCAGUGAGCUAAGAGGAUCCAGCACAGAGCAGUUGACCAGAGAGAGCCUCACCAUGCUCACAGUUCCCCUCAUACCUGUGUGGAAGCUAAGUACCAAGUAAAGGGCAGAAAACAAGCAAUCAGAAAAUGCCCUGCACUUGGAGGACUUUAGACCUAUGGCUUCUACUGAUUUCCACUGUCUUCUUAGUGGCUGCUUCAACAAAUAGUUCACUUACGGACAGACAACAGAGAAGUUCCACACCUCCUGCAGCAGCUAACACUUCCCUGUCUGUACGUGUGGGUACAAAGGCUGUGCUCUCUUGCCCUCCCGUCACCUCGACAGCUGUGCAGGUAACCACCUGGGAAAUAACCCUCAGAGACCAGCCUGCCUGCACUAGAGCCUACAGGAGAGAUACGAACGAGACCAGGGCCAAAAACUGUAGUGACGAGACAAUAUCCUGGGACACCAGACAUGAUCAGAACCCUGUCCUUCAGAUUGAUCCAGUGGCCAUCACCCAUGAUGGAUAUUACAGGUGUGAAGUGGCCACACCUGAAGGGAAUUUCUAUCAGGGAUAUCACCUGCAAGUGACAGUGCCCCCUGAGGCGACCCUUUUUCGAGGCAAGAAUGGAACUGUCGUGUGCAGGGCAGCUGCAGGGAGGCCAGCGGCGCAGAUCUCCUGGACCCCAGCGGGAGAUUGUGACACUGAGGAAGAGCCACUGGGCAAUGAUACAGUGACUGUGCAGAGCACGUGCCUCUGGGAGGACCACCCGGUGUCCACUGUGUCCUGCUCUGUGUCCCAUCUCACUGGCAACCAGAGUCUGUCCAUAGACCUAAAUUCAGAAGACCAGGCAUCAUCAAACUCAAAAAUCUUAUACAUCAGCAUCUCUAUUGCGAUUAUCUUGAUCAUUGUGGGAUCCAUUUGCCUUUUGAAACUUGGUGUCUGCAGAAAAUGCAAAUUAAAAAAAAUAGAAGCUAAUUCAGUUGUUGAGGAGGAGGAAAUGCAGCCCUAUGCCAGCUACACAGAGAAGAACAAUCCACUGUAUGAUACCGUGAGCAAGGUGAAGCAGUCUGGGGUGUUGCAAAAUGAAAUUGAUGGGCUGUGACUCCAAACUUCAUAAGUUACUGGAAUCUAGCACUAGGACAAAUGAAUAAAGAUACAGUACAGCUACCAUUCUGAUUUUCUUAGGGUCUUACAAUAGAAAACCUAUUUUGAGAUUAGCUUUUCAGAGAUUCUGAGAACAUACAGACUUUUAAAGUGUUUGGUUUCAUAUUCUUACUUAUAUAAUUGAUAUUUUAGAAUGUUAGCUGCUAUUAGCUAGUUCUCUGAAGAACUGAUAUUAUUACAAAGAAAGCAAAUGCACAUGAUAAAAUAUUCUAACGGCUUAGUACCGUAGAUAAUGAAAAAUUAAUUCCUUCAAGAAAGAACUCUGCAGAAGGAACAAUCAUCAAUAGGUUUUAUGUAUUCCUCCAGAAAAUUUUGUGUACAUACAUAUGCUAAAGGUAUGUAUAUGUGUACAUUUAUAAGGCCUUACAUAUAUACCCAUUUCAUUGUCAAGAUUCAUAUGGGAACAUACCAUGAUGCUCUUCUGUACUGAUAGAAAGCUAUAAUAUAAUAGGUCUUGGAGAUCUUUUAUAUGAAUGCAAUCAGAGCUACCUCAUUCUUUUUAAUGGUUAUAAAACAUUCCAUUGUAUGGUCAUGUCAUAAUUUAAAUAGCCAUAGCCCUGGUGAUAGACAUUUAGAUUGCUUUAAGUUUUGUUUGCAUGUUUUGCUGUUAUAACCAAUGACACAUAGAAUGUUUUUUGUGGAUAUGACUCUUUGUAUUUGUUUCAGUAUAUUUAUAGCGUAAUUUCCCUGAGUGGAAUUACCAGGUCAAAAGGGUUUGUGCAUUUUUGUAUUGAUUGAUAUGUCAAAUCGUAUCAAUUUACAUUCCCUUCAACUGUGUUUGAAUGUGUGUUUCCAUACACUGUUAUUUUAAUAUAUGCCAGAUUCCCACUUCUUGUUUUUAAUCAACCAGUUAACUAAUGUGAUGUAAGAUUAUAAUAAAAAUUACACUAUUUGACAAAACUGGA